UUUCUAAAAAUAGUCGUGGAUUUCCCUUCUAUAUAGCGUUCUGUCACAAGACGAUGCAAUCACUCUUGCUAACGUAAACAGAACAGGUUCGCACGGACGUUUAGCUUACGUCGAGUGCCAUAGUGAAACAAAAAACGCUGACAAGCACUCUGUGACAGUGAUUUUUCUGUGAGUAAGACUGAAAAACAUUGGUGCCACGGAAGGCCUUUUCACCCGACACGUCUAUUUUAUGGGAGAAUCUGUGACUACAAGCGCGUUCGACGCUCACCCGUUAGUGAACAAGUGGCGUAGGCCAACGUCGCACACAAAGUGUAAUGCUCAACACACUGGUACCACCGCAGAUCUCAACAUUCUCUGCGAUCAGACCUGACCUCAAUCGAGCUUUGCUAGUCAACGCUCACGUUCCUCCCGCGGCUCAACACGCGAUAGAAGAAAACUCGAACCCCAGCCAGCUGGAGUGUAACGCAACCGUGGUGCCCACAAGCACAAACAACGCGACGCACUCUGCCACUGUGGAUACCUCACAGCCGUCAACUUUUGGCUACCAGAUAACCUUGACCGCAGUCGUCCCCGACGAAGGUGAAGGUCUCAAGCACAAGCUGGUCCUCAAAGAGAGCACAGCUGUGCCCAACCUCCAAGAGUUCAACACCCCGCGCACCCAACGCCGUUCUUCCAGGGUCGCUAAACGCAGCAAGUCGACAGCCAUAACUCCAACUGGGCCAUCACCAAGCAAACGCCGAAUCACCACUCAGAAGUCCUCCCCUGCCAUAAACACAUCAGUAGCAGCCCUCGGACCAUCAACAUCCAGGCAUCUGUCUAACACUUCCCCCGGACCAUCCAUCCUGUCCCGACCUCCUCACCCCGCCAUUAACAACCUCCUCGAAUCGUUCCAACCCUCGACAUCCCCCAGCUCGAUCAGCACCACCACAAUCCCCACGAACUUUUCCUCGACAGAUCCCCAAACAAUGCCUGAACAGACCAGGGAAUACCAGCUCGUGCCCGAAGCUGCCGCCAUGAUGUCGGACUCCGACCUUGGCCUGACCUUUGACGAGAACGAGCAGAAGAUCGUGCACGCUACGAUCGAAGCCUUCCAGACCGGCACGCUGACUCCACUCAUCAAAGAGGAGCUGAGGUGCACGAUACAGAGUAGAAGGCUCGCCCAGGGGAAGGGAGAGCUGCAGGUGGAGUUCAAAUCCCCGCCAAAGAAGAAAGAGAAAAUCAGCCGACUGCAAAAGAGCUCAGAAUCACUGAUCAAAGAUCUUCAACACUUGCGAAAGGAGCGAGAUGAACUCCAGGAAAUGCUGCGCUCACAUCUCGUGAUUUGCAACAGUCACCAACACGGACAUCAGACAGCGGGGGUGGACGUUGACCAUAUACUGAACAACCUCUCUAGCUCAACAGGCGAGAUUCCCCAAACGGGCGCCUCAGCUUGUCCCGACACAGGUGGCUCUGCCUCUUCGGUGUUCUUCUCUGACGACUACACCGAUUCGGGAUGUGUGCAGGUUAUUGAGCCAAACGAAGAACUAAGCAAAAUGUUGGAGAACAGUCACGGCAUUUGCUACGCAGACGAUGAGGUAUCCGGUGUGCUGGAGGGAGUGGAGGAACGGUACCUCGAGACGCCACCCGAAGUCUGCUACGAGGAGAUUGUUCUGGACGACAUUAUGGAGGUCUCUGAAUAUGGCGCGAAAGAACGACUGGAUUCUUGCUCCAGUGUGGACACGUACAUGACGUACGAUUCCUUCGCCUCGGAGACUCCGAGCCUCAGCGAGUCCACAUCUGACGUCCGCCACAGUCUGUCUUCGGCGUACUCCCGCGUUCACAUGAGCUCCAGCUCGUCGGAGCCGUUCGAAGCCAGGUUCAUGGAUCAAGAUUUCCUGCUGUACGAAGAGGAAACACCUUGACAUUUGAGUUUGGUUAGAAACUGGAUAGCGGACCCAUACUAUCUCGGCGACUGACUGACUGGUCUACCCUUUUGAUAUGUCAACGGGAGACAAAACCUCUUAAUGUCAAGGUUUGGUUAGAAUGGACGCCAGACCAUAAUACCCUGGUGAAUGUCCGACCUACGCCUUAUACGGACAAAGCCGAAGCUCGAGCAUUGAAAACUCUUGAGGAAAAAAUAAACGGUUGUAGUUAGAAGAACGGCAAGAGAUGCCCAAUACUUAUGACUUGACCGCCGACUAACUCAAGACUUACUUCACUCAGAAAAAAGGACCUCUGUUUGCGAUGGUUGAUUGUAAAUAUGAUGCCUUAAUCCUUGUAUCGCAUGUGUUGUUGUAAAAGGCAAUUGUUGUAAAAGGCAGUUGUUGUAAAAGGCAGUUGUUGUAAAAGGCAGUUGUUACUUUAUAUAAAGGACUUUUGAUGAUGAGGUUCUUUUACUCUCAUCUAGAUGGAAGACAAUGGCUUCUUUUACUUUCCACCGUAACCAUUUUGUUUGGAAAAGUGAGGCAUAGAUAUUGUAGUGGCUAUCUCAUGGAAACAUCUUCUGAUUACGAGAAGCCCCAUGGUACCAGAAAUCAAUCAAUCAAUCGAUCAAUCAAAUACGGUCAUUCUGUUUGAAGUAAGAAGCAACAAGAAAAGCACAUCUGAAGAAUGCUUUGUCAAAUUAGUGCUGCGAGACUUUUUAUAGAAAGAAGGCUGCUAUAUCAUUACAGUUCGUCUGCAUUAUUAUAAUCUGUGACUUCGGUCCGUGCAACGAUGUGCUGAACUCGCAGCACGAAAUAAUCAAUGUUGAACUCGCAAAGAGAAAUUGUCAACCAAGGCAAUAUUGUUUACAAAACGGAUGUUUUGCUCAAUUUCUAUUUAUGACAAUGCAUUGGUUAAGUCGGAACGUGUCGUCUUUGGGACAGUUUCCUUUACACGACACGUUUGUCUUACAGUACAGAUGAACUCCCGAAAAUUGCAGGUGCUCAAUUUGUAGACGUAGUUCUAUUUAUCGCAGUACAUCGUCGCCCUCAGAACUAUGUUGUCCAAAGUGCCCUCUUUACUAAAGUGUACGCUUUGGACAAAAUAGUUCUGAGGCGACGUACGAUAUGUCACCAAUUUUGAGCCAUUAACAUUCCCGUCACUGCUAGUGACUAUGUAGAGUCUGAUAGGCAAAAGAAACAGUCUGUUUGACCUGUUCUUUAACCUAACCGUAGCCUCGUGAGAUGAUUUAUAUGGAGCAAUUUCUCAAACUCGGUUUGAAAAUAUAAAGUUCCAAUUAAUAAUGAUAUUAUUAGAAUCUUGCCCGAAAAAUGUAAAGUCGUCUUGUGAAUAUUUCACUGCGAUUCAUGUAGCAAUAAUAGUGCAUGAUAAUCCAGUGCCUGAAAGUCGACAGUGUUAUCUGUUUGGUCCUAGAACUAUGCACAUACAAGAGAGCCCCUGAUGCCUUGAUCCGAAGGCAACAAUGACCAUUUUGUUAACACUUUAUAAAGACCAAGAACGACGACCAGACCAAAUUUAUGUACCGGUAAUUGGAGGUGAACGUUCCGCGAGUUGUGAACAUUUUCCACUUUAUGUUACAAUCACCUACAGUAAUGACGGGUAUCUGGAUGCAAAUGUGUAUUUAGAUACUCGAUGCAAACUUGUGCAUGUAUUUAGUUACUCGAAGCAAACGUUUAUUUAGAUACUCGAUAUUAAACGUGUAUUUAAAUACUCGA